UUCAGCAUGGCAGGGUGUGUGGUAAUGGACGUUGGAGACGCCAGGCAGUGUGCUCGACGUCUUAUCGCUGCGCUGAUACAUCCAUUGACUCCGGGCCCCCUCCCUCACCGUCUGUUGCCGCCCUCUCCGCCCCCCUCCUUCUUUGUGAGGGAUCAAGCUUCAUGAAUCCCAUCUGCUCCAGGGCCAGACCAAUCUCCCUCUCCAGAGCUUUCAAGCCCUUGUUGAUCAGUCCCACUGCAGCCUCCAUCUUCAGAAGACCACUGCGCAGUACAUAUUAUUUCGGCACCUCCGCACCAAAAGCCAUGGCCCAGGAGUACAAGCUCAAGGGCGUCACCUCGCUGGACCUCAAGCCAGGCUCCAAGCAGGAGGUCGAGGUUGAAGGCCUCGACACCAAGGUCCUCCUUCUCAACGAUGGCAGCAAGGUUCAGGCUGUUGGUGCAAAGUGCACCCAUUACGGGGCUCCUCUGAUCAACGGGGUUCUGACCACAAACGGUCGUCUGACUUGUCCCUGGCAUGGAGCUUGUUUCAACGCGAAGACUGGCGACGUCGAAGAUGCCCCUGGUCUCGAUGCCCUCCCCGUCUACAAGGUCACCCAGAAAGACGACGGUUCCGUCUAUAUUUCCGCCGAGGAGGCUACCGUGAAGGCCGGCCGCCGCAAGCCCAACAUCAGGUGCAAGGUCGAGACUGCUUCGGUCGAGGACAGGGUCCUUGUCGUGGGCGGUGGCUCCGGCGCGAUCGGUGCCAUCGAGGCCCUUCGUACAAACGGCUUCAAGGGCCCCAUCACCAUGAUCUCCAACGAAGGCUACCUCCCAAUCGACCGCACAAAGUUGUCGAAAGCCCUCAUUACCGAUCCAAGCAAGGUCCAGUUGCGUGACAAGGACUUCUUCGAGUCUGGCAGCGUCGAGAUUGUGGAUGACGAGGUGACGGGCGUCAGUUUCGGCGACAAGACAGUUUCAACCAAACAAGGCGGUAACUACGGCUACAACAAGCUCAUCCUGGCCACUGGCGGCACGGCCAAGUCGCUCCCUCUGCAAGGGUUCAAGGUCCUCAGCAACAUCUUCACAUUAAGGAACGUCCACGACGUCAAGCAGAUCGUGGACACGAUCGGCGACAAGGGCAAGAAGAUUGUCGUGGUAGGCAGCUCCUUCAUCGGGAUGGAAUUUGCCAAUGCGACUGUUGCAGACAACGAGGUCCAUGUCAUCGGAAUGGAGGGCGCCCCACUCGAGCGUAUCCUGGGAACCCAAGUUGGUAGCGCUCUGCAGAAGGCCUUUGAGGGCAAGGGCGUCAAGUUCCACAUGAACGCCGGUGUGGACAAGGCCGAGCCUUCCACGUCCGACCCGUCCAAGGUUGGCGCCGUUUUGCUCAAGGACGGCACCCGCCUCGACGCUGAUCUCGUCGUGCUUGGCGUCGGCGUAGCACCCAGUACGCAAUUCCUGAAGGACAACACAAUUGUCAAGCUUGAAGACGACGGCAGUCUGAAGACCGAUGAGAACUUCAGCGUCGUCGGGCUGAAAGAUGUGUACGCCAUUGGUGACAUUGCCACCUACCCCUACCACGGACCAGGAGGCGAGGGCAAGUACAUCCGCAUUGAACACUGGAACGUCGCACAAAACGCCGGCCGGGCUGCUGCUUCCCACAUCGUUGCGCCCACGAGAAAGACAGCCCCCUUUACGCCCGUAUUCUGGAGCGCCUUGACCGCACAGCUCCGCUACUGUGGGAACACAGUCGGUGGAUACGACGACGUCGUUAUCCAGGGUAGUCUGGACGAGGGCAAGUGGGCUGCUUUCUACACCAAGGGCGAGACAGUAGUAGCUGUUGCCAGCAUGGGCAAGGACCCGGUCAUGGUUCAGAGCGCGGAGCUGAUGGCCCUGGGGAAGAUGCCCAGAAAGUCUCAGUUGAAGGAUGGCCUCGAUCCGGUCAGCUUGGGACCACCGGAGUAGAGCAUCCAGAGUAUCUGCGGACUCUUAUGAUGAUGUGAUGUUCGUCACAUCGAUGCUCAAUAUGCAAACGGCCUAAGCGUCAGUGCUCCUGUGGUCGCAUCAUUGUGAAUGGCGAUGAUGAUAUUGUUCUUGACCUUUGAACGACGUUCACAACAACGUUUACAGUGUUGAAAGCAGAGGCCCUCGCAUUUUUACACUAGAGUAGUAAUAUUUGUUUUAGGUAAUUUGAAUCUUUCUCUUUCUCAA